UAAUGACGGUGUCGGUGCUACAGCUGUGCACGUGGCCGCAGUAAGGAUCACAGUCUCGAAGCACCGGCUCCUCCGCAGCUGCUGUUCACUGCCCCAAACUUUACUGGCCCUCACUGCCCAGAGUUCAGCCGCGGAGCAGCGGCGCUCAUGAGGAUCCGAGACGGAGCUGAAACUCCUCCUCCGCACGGCGCGUGAAAAAGAAAGCAGAAGUUUUGGCGCCUAAUUAAAGCGGCUGGUGCUGGUGGAUUUGGUGGAUGGGCAGGGGGGAAGCAGUGCUGGCUGGCAUUAUGGUGGACAAGGGUCCCCUACUGACCUCGGCUAUUAUCUUCUACCUGUCCAUCGGGGCAGCGAUAUUCCAAGUGCUGGAGGAGCCCAACUGGAAACUUGCAGUGAAUCAGUACAAUCACAAGAAGGAGAUGAUCCUGAAAGACCACCCGUGCCUUACAAAAGAAGACCUCAACAAGAUCUUGGAGGUGGUGUCUGAAGCUGCAGGACAAGGUGUCACCAUCACAGGAAAUAGAACCUUCAACAACUGGAACUGGCCGAACGCCGUCAUCUUCGCUGCUACGGUCAUUACAACUAUCGGUUAUGGCAACAUUGCCCCCAAAACAUCAUCAGGGAGGGUUUUUUGCAUUUUUUAUGGACUCUUUGGUGUCCCACUUUGUCUGACUUGGAUCAGUGAACUUGGGAAGUUUUUCGGAGGAAGAGCAAAACACCUUGGACAGUAUCUUACCAAGAGAGGGGUCACGCUGCGAAAAGCACAGUUCACCUGCACAGCCAUCUUCCUGUUGUGGGGCGUCCUGGUUCAUUUGGUCAUUCCUCCGUUCGUGUUCAUGUCUCAGGAGGGUUGGACCUACAUAGAGGGCCUGUACUUUUCCUUCGUCACUUUGACAACAAUUGGAUUUGGUGAUCUUGUAGCAGGUGUUGACCCCAAUGCGAACUACCCUACUCUGUAUCGCUACUUUGUGGAGGUGUGGAUCUACCUGGGCUUGGCCUGGCUGUCCCUCUUCUUCAACUGGAAAGUGCGGAUGGUCAUCGAGGCCCAUAAGGCUCUGAAGAAGCGGAGGAAGCGUCGCAAGCUCUCACUGGACGAGCUGCAGCACUACAAAGAAAACCACAAAGCCCUGCACCUGCCGUCUACCGCCAACGACGUCAACAUCUUCAGCUUCCUGAGCAAGAGACAGGAGGGCUACAAUGACCUCAUCAAACAGAUCGGCGCCAAGAAGGAAGGAGGAGGUCAGUGUGCCAAUGGCGUUGCUGGAAACAAGUCUAAGGAAUUCAGCCGCUCCAAAAGCUGCAGUGAUGCUGUUGCCAUCAACGGAAAUGCUAUUCUUAACCUGGACCGAUCGCCUCGGCAGAAGCGCCGCUACAGCUUCAGCGAUCGGGUUACUGUGGCCUUCUCCAAGUCCAAGAGUUACCUGCUUGGGCAGGAGGGUGGACCUCUGCUGAACGAGAUGCAGGGUGAUGGAGAUGUGGAGGCAGACCUGGAGAGGAUGUAUGAGAAUCAGCUGGACAAAGAAGCAGGUGAAGACCACGGAAAUCUCGGGCCCGGAGGCCACGGGGCUGGCCGUCACAAAUGGGAGUCCAAAGAGUACCAUCCGCUCAUCUUCCAGAACGCUAACAUCACCUUCAUCGAUGAGGAGAAUCUCCUGAACAACAACCUAGAGGAGGAGGAGGAGGAUGAAGACACCAAGCCCAAACUCUCGACCUCUGACGAAAACGUCGAAUCGGAGACUGAUUCCAAGGAGGAGCAGUGCUCCGAAUCAGAAGGCUCCGUGUUUACAGACAGAUCAGAGCAUUGCCACUCCUAUGAGCAGCUGGUAGAGGAGUACUCCAAGGAGGACAACACUGAGACCUGAAGCAUCCACACCAGAACAUGGACCUAACUCAAACCCUCAGUGAGAGUUUCCUGUAUUUGCUUUCCCUUUUUUUCCCACUUCUGGACAUUUUGCACAAACCUUGAAGUUUUCUUGCGCCUGACUUGAUUAAAGUAGAUUCUCUUUGUUGUCUGUGAAGCACCAGGAACAUUUUUGGUGUUAGUUUGAACAAAAUGGAAUCUGUGAAGUGCAUUUCAGUCAGUAUUAUGGCAAGCAAAGAAGCUGUGGAUAUUUCAAAAGAAACAUGAUUAAAAUGAAGUCCACAAUUUCAUAAAUUGACUGACGCUAUGGAUUAGUUUUUUUUUAAAGGUUUCAAGACUUCUUGACAGCUGCCAUGUUAUGUAGGGGUUUUACUUCGUCUUCUAAUAAUAUAGUAAUUGUAACUUAUUAGAUUAAGUGAAAACCACAUCGACCUGAAUUAUAUGAACUGCAGAAUCAGUUGUAAUGGAUCCGUGGUUCAUAGGAUACGAGCAAUAGGGAGAGGUGAUUCCAUUGAGAAUUGCUCCUGGUUCUCUUCUACUUUUAUGCACCAUAUUGGUGUUUUUAUCUUAACGUAAUGAAGGAAAAAACACUGCCUGCAUUUUGGUUUUACCCAUUUUUAUGGGCUUCGUCUCUUUUUUUUCCCCACCUAAUUCUUACUGGUUCCCAAUUUCACACAGUGUGAGGGCUGAGAAGGCAACUUAGAUCUGAAGCCCCACCAUUAAAAGCCUUAGCUUUAAAUAGUAGAUUACUGUGCAGAGAGUGAUUAUGCUGUCCUGUGCAAGGGAAUGUGUUCAUUCAAUUGCAAAGGCCCCGAAACUCCGUCUGUGGACGGCACACAAUCUGAGCCAUAAAAUGCACGUCUGCUCGGUUGUUUUUGUUUUUUGCUUUUAACUGAUGUAGCACUCCAUCCACUGCAUCACACCUUUUUGCCAUGUAAUGGUUUCAUGUUAAGGUCUUCCAUUGCUGUCCAAUGCCUUAUUUUUUGUAAAAUAUGUUUUAAAUUGCUAUUUGUUUGUAUUGAACUAAGCAAAUAUUUGUAUCUUUAGUUUAGACCCCUGUUUUAAAUAUGGAAAUCUGUGUAAAAUUGGUAAAAGAACCUUACGAAUGUCAAAUGGUGUUAAUAAAUUGAUUGAUAUUCUGGUGAAAGUUGAAAAUAAAUGAUUUUUUAAAAUAU